GUGCGCGACUCGGUGACGCAAACUAUUCACAUGCAUUGAUCAGUGAUCAGCGCGCGGCACAGCCUGCACAGACCCUCAUGACGUCAGCUCGGAGGAUUCUGGGAUGGCCUCUUGGAGGUUUUUGGGAGCGGUCCAACAUAUGGUACAGCAUGUGCCGCGCGCUGCUCCCCCUGCGGCGUGCGGAGCGGCGCGCGGGGGGGAGCUGUGUUCCUCCGCUGUACCCAGUCCGGGGGGACAGGGAGAGGAACCGUCCGGAGAGAGGAGGAGAGGAGCGGGCUGAAGGACGCUGCCCUGUGCAGGGGGGUCUGUGCAGGUUUAUUUUGGGGAGGGGGUUGGGGGGGGUAGUCGUGUGACGCGGAGCAGCGACCCACGUGUCCUCUUGGUCUCUGCGUUAAGAAACAAAUGGAGACCGAGCAGCAGCAGAGACGGCAGAACGGGAACCCGGUGCGGGGGAGGCGGCGGGUCCGCUGCGAGAGCACAGCAUCAGUGCCCCAGUUCACCAACUCCCCCACCAUGAUCGUGAUGGUGGGACUCCCGGCGAGAGGGAAGACCUACAUCUCUAAAAAGCUCACCAGAUACCUGAACUGGAUCGGCGUCACGACUAAAGUGUUCAACGUGGGUCAGUACCGGAGGGACGCCACACGCUCCUACAACAGCUUCGAGUUCUUCAGACCCGACAACACGGAGGCCAUGAAGAUCCGCAAGGCCUGUGCCAUCGCUGCUCUCAAAGACGUGUGUGAGUACUUCAGCAGAGACCUGGGGCAGGUGGUGGUUUUUGACGCCACCAACACGACCCUGGAGCGCAGAGGAGUCAUCUUCAGCUUCGCCAAGGAGAACGGUUACAAGGUGUUCUUCGUGGAGUCGAUAUGCGACGACCCUGAAAUCAUCGCUGAGAACAUUAAGCAAGUGAAGCUGAGCAGUCCGGACUACGUGGGCUGUGACAAAGAGGAAGCUGUGGCCGACUUCCUGAAGAGGAUCGAAUGUUACAAGCAGACCUACGUCCCGCUGGACGACGACAAAGACAGGAACUUAUCCUACAUCAAGAUCUUCAACGUGGGCAGCAGGUACCUGGUGAACCGAGUCCAGGACCACAUCCAGAGCCGGAUAGUCUACUACCUCAUGAACAUCCACGUCACCCCGAGGUCCAUCUACCUGUGCCGGCACGGAGAGAGCGAGCUCAACCUCACGGGGCGCAUCGGGGGAGACUCCGGCCUGUCUCCUAGGGGGGCUCAGUUUGCCAGCGCUCUGGGUACGUACAUGCGAGGGCAGUGCAUCAGUGACCUGAAGGUGUGGACGAGUCACAUGAAGAGGACGAUCCAGACGGCCGAGGCUCUAGGAGUCCAGUACGAACAGUGGAAGGCGCUCAAUGAGAUCGACGCUGGUGUGUGUGAGGAGAUGACGUACGAGGAGAUCCAGGAGCACUUCCCGGAGGAGUUCGCUCUGAGGGACCAGGACAAGUAUCGCUACCGUUACCCCCGAGGAGAGUCAUACGAGGACCUGGUGCAGCGUCUGGAGCCGGUCAUCAUGGAGCUGGAGAGGCAGGAGAACGUGUUGGUCAUCUGUCACCAGGCCGUGAUGAGAUGUCUGCUGGCUUACUUCUUAGACAAGAGUGCAAACGAGCUGCCCUACCUGAAGUGUCCUCUCCACACGGUUCUGAAACUCACCCCAGUCGCCUACGGUUGUAAAGUGGAGUCUGUCUUCCUCCAUAUUGAAGCUGUGAACACGCACAGAGACAAACCAGAGAACGUGGACGUGGACAGAGACCCGGCGGAGGCUCUGGAGACGGUCCCCGACCACAUCUAGACCUGGUUUCCUGUGCUCCUCCCGACCUCAUGGAAGUGGCCUUUUUUUUUUUAUUUAACUAAUCAUCGUGGUCUUUGCUGUGGUCGCUGCGGUGAAGUGGACGGACGUUGUGAUGGACUGUGUGACCCCAGAGGUUUCUUCUUCGUUUAAAAGCACUUUAUAAUGAUGUGAUGAAGAGGCGUCCGUCACCGAGCAGACCACAUGUGGAGAAUCUUAAAGUAGUCACUCAAAUCUCUUCUCCUGUCUCGUCCUUCUGUCUUGAACUAACGGACUAACCAGCGUGAAAUCAUCCUCACAUCCAGAGAGAUUCACUCUCUCUGACGAGCCGCUCUGAGCCGCUCUGAGCCUCUCUGAGCCGCUCUGAGCCUCUCUGAGCCUCUCUGCUCCGCUCUGAGCCGCUCUGCUGCUCUGAGCUGCUCUGCUGCUCUGAGCCACUCUGCUGCUCUGAGCCUCUCUGAGCCACUCUGCUGCUCUGAGCCGCUCUGAGCCACUCUGCUGCUCUGAGCCGCUCUGAGCCGCUCUGCUGCUCUGAGCCGCUCUGAGCCGCUCUGAGCCGCUCUGAGCCGCUCUGCUGCUCUGAGCCGCUCUGAGCCACUCUGAGCCGCUUUGAGCCACUAUUAGCCGCUCUGAGCCACUCUGAGCCGCUCUGUUGCUCUGUCGCUCUGAGCCGCUCUGAGCCACUCUGAGCCGCUUUGAGCCACUCUUAGCCGCUCUGAGCCACUCUGAGCCACUCUGAGCCGCUUUGAGCCACUCUUAGCCGCUCUGAGCCACUCUGAGCCGCUCUGAGCCACUCUGAGCCGCUUUGAGCCACUCUUAGCCGCUCUGAGCCACUCUGAGCCGCUCUGAGCCGCUCUGCUGCUCUGAGCCGCUCUGAGCCGCUCUGAGCCGCUCUGCCACUCUGAGCCGCUCUGAGCCGCUCUGAGCCACUCUGCCGCUCUGAGCCACUCUGCCGCUCUGAGCCGCUCUGAGCCGCUCUGAGCCACUCUGAGCCGCUCUGCCACUCUGAGCCGCUCUGAGCCGCUCUGAGCCGCUCUGAGCCACUCUGCCGCUCUGAGCCACUCUGCUGCUCUGAGCCACUCUGCUGCUCUGAGCCGCUCUGAGCCGCUCUGCUGCUCUGAGCCGCUCUGAGCCGCUCUGAGCCUCUCUGAGCCGCUCUGCUCUGCUCUGAGCCACUCUGCUGCUCUGAGCCGCUCUGAGCCGCUCUGAGCCACUCUGCCGCUCUGAGCCGCUCUGAGCCGCUCUGAGCCGCUCUGCUCCGCUCUGAGCCACUCUGCUGCUCUGAGCCGCUCUGAGCCGCUCUGCUGCUCUGAGCCGCUCUGAGCCGCUCUGAGCCUCUCUGAGCCGCUCUGCUCCGCUCUGAGCCACUCUGCUGCUCUGAGCCGCUCUGAGCCGCUCUGAGCCGCUCUGCUCCGCUCUGAGCCACUCUGCUGCUCUGAGCCGCUCUGAGCCGCUCUGAGCCACUCUGCCGCUCUGAGCCGCUCUGAGCCGCUCUGAGCCGCUCUGCUGCUCUGAGCCUCUCUGAGCCUCUCUGAGCCGCUCUGAGCCGCUCUGAGCCGCUCUGCUGCUCUGUCGCUCUGAUGCUCUGAUGCUCUGAGCCGCUCUGCCGCUCUGUCGCUCUGAUGCUCUGAUGCUCUGAGCCGCUCUGAGCAGCCCUGAGUCUCUCUGCGUCUGCAUUAGUUCACCAUGCCACUGUUCUUAAAGAUGGAUGUGUUUCGAUGGGUAAGGAUGGAGGAGACGAUCCGGCAAACCUCCAACCAUUUAAAGAAGAAGUGGGGGGGACGUUUAACUGCCCCACACCGUGACGUGCCUCAUGAGUGGAAUAAACACAAUACUCUAUGCAGCCUCUGUGGACAGACUUGCUCCGGAGGCAGCCUCAGGCCUCGCUCCGGAGGCAGCCGCAGGCCUCGCUCCGGAGGCAGCUUCAGGCCUCGCUCCGGAGGCAGCCUCAGGCCUCGCUCCGGAGGCAGCCGCAGGCCUCGCUCCGGAGGCAGCCGCAGGCCUCGCUCCGGAGGCAGCCGCAGGCCUCGCUCCGGAGGCAGCCUCAGGCCUCGCUCCGGAGGCAGACGCAGGCCUCGCUCCGGAGGCAGACGCAGGCCUCGCUCUGCAGCGUGUUCUGUCCUUUGGCUUUAACCCACAUCUGUUGUUUCAAAGAGGAACAUGAAGGGGAUCUGGUGCAAUGUGUCAGCGUGUUUGUAAUUAUGGGAUUAUUUAAAGACUGGCUCUCUGACUAGUUUAGAUUCACUAUAAUCAGGUUUACUUUGUUUCAGCUCUGUUGGUGAUCUGAAUCAUGUUUCAUGAAGCUGGCUCGGUUCAGGGCUUCAAAAGAAAGAGGAGGAGUUCUUACUUAUGCAUAAAAUCAACAAAAACAUGCACUUCAUGUGAGAGAAUUAAAACCACAUAACAGCGAGGACACUUGUGGAAUAUUCUGCAAAACAAUCUCAGAACUUGAACAUGCGUGGCGGCAGAAGCCUGAUUUCUAAAGAUCAAGAUGUGACUAAAUAUGAGUAAGCACAUGGCUUUUAUUCUUUUUUAAAUACAUUUUCAAUUCCAACAUUUUCUGCAAGAUAACAGGAAAAAUGAGAGCAUGAAUCUGAGACACUUAAAAAAUGUAAACGCUGACAAAGAGAGCACAAAAGAGAAGUUUAUUAUCUAAUUAUUCAUUAUUAUCUAAUUUAUCUCCAGAAGUUUGGAUCAUCUCUUCUGGGUGAAAUCAAGAUUAAACUAAAUUCAAAUUGUGCUUUUUUUAUUUCCUUUUACAUAACCAGUUUUAUAAGAACUGUUUGAAUCUUGCAGCCAAAGCUUGUUUUUAGAUUUGAGCAGUGAAGCCCUGAAGUUAGUCCUGCAGGUCAGAGUUUGGGAGCCAGCUUCAUGAUACAAAACACCUGAUUACACCUGGAUGUAGCUGCCGUGUGUGUUCUUAAAGUAAACACAGAGAUGUAAAGAUGUUCUGUCCCCUGAGGGAGCAAUGGAAGAAAAAACACGUCUCAGGAGAUCCUUUCGUUUAAUAAAAGGGAUGCCAGCACAUGUAGAUAAACGUAUGUUCGUCUCCACGCAAUGUGAUGUUAGAAUAACGAGCCGUCCCUCCGUCAGUACUUCCUGUCAGAUCUAAACCUGGUGAUCUGUGAACGUGAAGCUGAUCCUGAUCCUGAUCCUGGUCCUGAUCCUGGUCCUGAUCCUAAGCUCUGUGACAUAAACGAAUACAUGCGAGAGAAACGGACGAAGAGGUCGCAUCAAUAAAAGGUUUCUUUACUGAACCUGAACAAUAACUGUUACCUUAAAAUCCAAGCAAUAAAAUAAAAAUGGAUAACACA